UUAGCCCAUCAGUCUAGUUCGAAAUUCCGUUUAGAUCGGUAUACGCAACUCGGUUUGGCAUGAGCGCUAUUUUUAGAUUUUAAGAAAAUUUGCUGUAAAAAUGUGAUCAUUUUUCAAUUUUAAAUUGGCAAUCCGAUUCCAUUGCUUCGAAUUUAAAUCAAUCACAUGAACAUCAGUGAAUUCCAGUCAUUUAGUGGAUCGAUUGAAACGUGAAACUCGGAAUUGAAAACCCUUUAAAUGAAAAGUGAAAAUUUUGUCAAAAAGAAAACCUAAAAAUAAUUUACUCAGGUAAAAGUGAAAGAGAAAAAAAGAAAAGAAAAGCGAAACGUUCGGGGAGUGUUCGUUUUAGUUUUUAACAAUUUAUUGUUACGCAAUCAAAAUUAUACCACAAAGUCAUCGUCAUGCAUAAAAUCCAAUAUUCAAUGGAUAUACAGUAGGAGCUGCGAUUAUAUACUUCAAAAAUAGCCGAUCGAAUAUUGCAGCUUUUCCCCAAAUUCUGAUUGAAUUCGGAUUAUCAAAAAUAAAACUUAAAGCAUGCACCAUAUGUAUCCUGUAUCGAAAGGCGAUCAACUGUGCCCUUUAGGAUUUCAUCCCCAGGUGCGAUGGCCUACAAGAUGUAAGCGAUGCUUUCGUGAUUACAAGGAACAUGGUGGUAAGAGGGGAGACGACGUGGCCGCCUCGUCGCCAUCGUUGUCUGAGUCCACAAAUGCAAGAUUGCGAGAAAACAAUACGUCGUUCGACCAACCAAUUGGCAGGAGUUGGACGUCGACUUCAAACUUAUCAACACUAAAUGCUAGUGAAACUAGUAAAACUCCUACACCAAAACGUCCAUCCUCGUGGACAUCCACACCAGAUCUCGAUGAAUCUGCUUCACAAUCUAGAGUCGAUGUUGUCGUCAAUCUUGCACUGCCAAGGCGACGACACACCACAAUGUUCGAUACGAGUCCGGUGGAAGAAUCAGUAACACUGAAACGGCCACCGCUACCACCGUCAUCGAAAGAAGCACCAGAAGAUUUGGUAAUUUUGCGGACAGAUUCACUUGCAGAAAGAGCAAGGAAAAUGCAAUUGAAAAAACAAAAUAGCGUCGAGAGGGAAAGCAGUCGGGAGAAAUCUAUUCCACGAACCAUUGAAAAAGAGAAGUCUCCAUCGGCAGAUAAGGCUAAAACUAAAUUGGAUAAAAAGGAAAAAGACGAUCUGGCCAAAAGUAAAGACGUCCAGUUCCUCAUUCAAAUCAAAGAUAAUCACAAACCUAAGCGCAAAGUAGAUGACAUGUCCAUUACCACCGACACAACCGAUACAACACUAAUAGAUCACACACAAGAUCUAGAUUUUCAUGAACAAAUCGAAACCUUAAAAAGGGAUUUGGAACAAGCAAAGGCUAGAGCCGAACGAGCUGAAAGAGAUAAAAGCGACAUAUUACUGAGGCGUUUGGCGUCGAUGGACACUGUAUCGAAUAGAACUGCUGCAUCAGAGGCAUUGAAACUACAGCAGAAAGUUAACGAUCUAAAUCAGCAGCUAGAAGAUCUUAAAGACGACAAAAAGUAUUUAUCGGUCAAAGUGAAAGAGUUGGAACAAGAUCUGAACCUUCGACCAACGAAGAUCAUCGAAGACGAACUAAAGAAGAAAUUGCAAGUGGCUGAACAGUUGUGCGAAGAGCUGAUGGACGAAAAUGAGGACAUGAAAAAGGAAUUGCGCAAUAUGGAGAACGAAAUCGACGAAAUGCAGGACAAUUUUCGAGAAGAUCAGGCCGAUGAAUAUUCCACCAUCAAAAAGGAAUUGGAGCAAGCGACAAAAAAUUGCAGAAUUUUAUCGUUUAAAUUCAAAAAAUCGGAAAGGAAAAUCGAACAAUUGGAACAAGAGAAGCAGUCACUGGCUAGUCAGGUGAACAAUGACUUACUGAAUAAAGUGAAAAAAUUGGAAGAUGAGCUCAGAAUAUCCAAUGAAGCUACAAGACAAUUACAGUCGGAAGUUGAGAAUACGCAGAAGGCAGUCGGAAAGGGCAAGACUCCCAGCUUAGGUGUUAUAGGUAAAUCGACUUCUGCCGACGCAAAAUAUUCUAGAGCAUCUUUAACUCGUGGCGGUUCACAAGAGGAUCCAGUUCAAUUAAUGCGAGAUCUUCAAGAUUCAUUAGAAAGAGAAACCGACAUACGCGAACAAUUGAAAUUCGCUGAAGAAGAGGCUGAAAGUUUAAGAAAAAAAGCUUCACGCGUUGAAGAUGAAAAUGAGUCUUUGAUGAUGCAGUUGAAAAAAAUGGCCACAAAAGCGCGAAGCCGUAAACUCAGUCCAACACCCCCAUCGGCACGACUUUCAUUGGAAGCUCCGUUAGAUAAAGAUGAAGGUAUAUCUGAUGAAGAGGAUCCAGCUGAACUUCGCGUGUUAUUGGAACUUAACGAACAGGAAUCUUCCCAAUUACGUCGAAAAGUUGAAGAACUGGAAACCAACAAUGAGACGAGCAAAAAGCAAAUCAAGGAACUCCAAGAUAAGUUGAAACAAUCGACAGGCAAGCAGCAACAAACUACCUCUAAGUUGCCCACAUUUUUAUCAAAAACCACUGCGGCUGAUAAGGAAAGUGACAAGAAACUGAAAGAUCUAGAGAAGAUCGUUGCAGAUUUAAAGAAACAAAUUACGGAAAAAGACAAGGCAUUGGAGAAACUACAGACGACCGCAAAGACGAAAACAAAAGAACCGUUAUCCGACGCACAGAAUGUCGAUUUGAAGCGACAGUUAGAAUCGGUUGAACUGGAAGCUUCCGUCCUCCGAACCAAAGUUUUAUCGAUGGAACAAGACAAUGAUAAGUUGGCAAAUGAAAAUAAAAAAUUGGCAUUGCAUGCAGCCAGGCUAAGUCGAAAGGACUCAACGGGUGAUAAAGAUAAAAAUCUUGAAAUAGUUAAGUUGAAGGAUAGUGUCACCAAGUUGGAGAAAACGAAGAGCGAACUAGAAAACAAAUUGCGGACAAUUUUGGAAGCGCCUGUUGAUAAGCUACCACAAAGAACACCCAAAAAUUUUUCAGACAGCAGCACAAAAAUGCAAUUGCAGAAAAUCAUAGGCGAACAGGAAGAUGAAAUCAAAGAAAUGAGAGCCAUAGUCUUACGAACUGGAGCUAAUCAAGUACAGAAACUAGAAGAAGAAAACAAAUCUGCCACGAAAGAGUUGAAGGAUGUUAAAACAAAGAUAAAGAAUCUGGAGGAGCGCAUCAGCAAACAGGAUACUGUGAUAAAGACAUCAGAAGCGACAAAGACACUUCUAGAAAAUCAAAUAAAAUUCGACCAGGAAAAGUACCUAAAAUUGGAGAAGGACUAUGAUAAAGAGAAGAAAGAGAGAGCCCGAUGGGAAUCGAAGGUUUCCGACCUGGACGGUGACUUAUUGGCGAACAAAAAAAGUUUCGAAAAAAUCAAAGCCAAUUUGGAGAAAGAGAUUGCCAAUCUGAAAUCAAAAUCUGAUUCCGGUGACACGGUGCCGUCUAAGAAGGUGCAGGAGUUGAAGAAACGAAAUGACGAACUUCAAGUGGAAUUAGAUCGGGAAAAGAAACAUUACACGGAAUUGAAUGGUAAAUUCGAGCACUUGGAAGAGGAACAUUUGUUCGUCAAAGCUGAAUUGACGACACAAAAGGAAAAUCUUCAAGCCGAACUUGUAACCACAAAAUCGAAAAUGAUGAAUUUUGAAGCUGACUUGACGAAAAUUACGAAAGAGAAAGAAGAGCUGAACAAGAAACUGACCCAAUCACAGCAGAAGGUCGGUGAUUUCGAAGGAAAAGGGGUGAAAAGUAGUGCUCUAGAACUAGAAAAUAAUCGACUGAAGUCUAAUUUGGCGGACAAGGAACAGGAAUUUAGGAAUUUGAAGUUGGAAACUGAAAUGAAUAAAGAUGUGAACGAUCAAAUGAAGAAGGAACUCGAUGAUUUACGAAAGAAAUUGUCUGAUUUCGAAAGAGUAAAUAAGGCACAAAGCUCGCUGAACGAUCACAGCAGUAACUUGGAGCUGGAAAUCAAAAAAUUGAGACAAAAAUUGGAAACAACGGAAAUUUCUGCCAAAAGCGAAGUAGCAGCUACACGCCUAAGAUACGAACAGCAAGUCAAAAACCUGCACACCGAACUAAACUCGCUGCAGAGACAAUGUGAACGCUUUAAACGAGAUCGUGAUACAUUCAAGCAGCUGCUCGAAGCUGCACAAAGGACAAUUGGUGAACUGAAAAAUAGCAGCGGUAGAAUCAGCAGAUCGUCUAUAAAUAGCGGUGAUGAGGAUGACAAAUCAAAAAUAUUGGCAUUAGAACAGCAAGUCGGGUGUUUGGAAGACGAAUUGAGCGAGGCACGGCUGGAAAGUAGCAAAAUCAAAACGGAGCUCGUGUCGGAGAAAAGUAUAGCGGAAAUUAAGAUAUCGGAAUUGCAAUCGAAACUGAAUGAAUACGAAGAAGAGCGACUCAUUAAUUCGGGUCGAACGAAAAUAGUCGGAAUGAAAACAAAGUUGGAAUUAUCGUGGCAAAAAGAACGUGAAGAUCAACAGCGUAUCGUUCAAGAAACGUCCACACUGGCUAGGGAUCUGCGACAAACGUUAUUUGAGGUGGAACGAGAAAGAGACAAAGAACGACUCGAAUCGCGAAGAAAAUUGGAAUUGUUGAAACGAGCGAAUGAUGAAGAAUUGGACGAGGGACGACGAAAAGUCUCAGAAUUACAAUGCGACCUCUUGGAAUUGCGUGAUGCGCAUGCCAAACUGAGAACGGCCAAUGAGAAAUUGAGACGAGAACGGGAAAGAUAUGAAAAAGAACGCGAUGUAACAUCCAGACGACGAUUGGAACAGGAUGGAGAGAAGAAGGUCGGCGCAUUGUUGCAGACUGUUGAUGAACUCGUCAAAUUCGCGCCAGAUCUCCUUCCCGGAGGAAACUUCGCAGCAGCAACAGCAACGACAAACAACAAUUCAUCAUCCCAACUAAAUCCGAACAAACCCAUUCGAAGUAAGAGCCGAAGUCCUUCACCAGGUCCACCAGCUAUUCAAAUAUCAAGUGUUCUUGCCCGCCUUGCUGAGGCAUCUGAAGAGCUACGUAAAUAUCAGCGGCUCUGUGAGGACGAAAAAGAAAGAGAAAAAAUCAGACGUGGUGGAAUGCGUAGAGCCGCUUCCACUGAGAACGAAACGCCGGAAAUGUCAAGACAUUCAAUACGUUUGUCACGAUCGUCAACGCACAACGGAAGUCUAUACAGGAAGAGUUUAUCACUGGACCAGUCCAUGCAACAGAAUGACCAAUCGAUUUGGAAGCAAGACGACGGUAGUAUGUCGUCCAUGCAGUCUAUUGACUCCGAAUUGGGUGGCAUGGUACGUGAUUCGAGUAUGGACUCUAGACUGUCCGCUGGCUCAACACAAAGUGAUAUGCCGAGAGGACCUAGAAAGAAAAAGCGUGGAAUCAUGGGAAAAUUACGUAGUCUCACUAAGGGUAGAACGGCUGAAAGUGAAGGAUCGGUUCAAGGAUCUGAUUCCGAUGUUAGCAUUUCUAGUGAUUUUAAAUCAAGCAAAACAAAUUUGAAGGGCCGCCUAUCGGGAAUGUUUAAGAGAGCUGGAUCGAGUUCAAGAGGCAACAGCCUUGAACGAGUAUUAGACUCUGUUGAGCGACCAGUGUCCGUGACAACUGUCGUAACCAACGGUCAAGCUCAAUUACCUCCAGCAAUGACUCCACGUGUGCGUAAACAGACUUCCCGUCCACCCACUCCAUCCGGAUCAACCCCAUCAAUGGCGCGCAAGGCUAAAUAAGACGCUCAGUGAGCCUUGAUUCGAAAGUCCCGUAAAUUUAUUUCCAGUUUUAUUGAGGUGAGGCGUCGUCACCAACAGUUCACAUUUUAUGUUUGAUCAAUGAAACAAUGUAUUAUGAAGAUGUAAAAUUAAUAAAUAUUUUUCAAAUUUAGAG